AUGGGAAUUUGGGGGGUUUGCUUCACGUAUGGGACAUGGUUUGCGCUAGGAGGGCUGGUAGCAACGGGGAAGACAUACAACAAUUGUGCAGCCAUCCGUAAAGGUGUUGAAUUUUUGUUGUCAUCGCAACGAGACAGUGGAGGUUGGGAAGAGAGUUACCUUUCUAGUCCCCUUAAGAAAUAUGUACCACUAGAAGAGAAUCGAACCAAUUUGGUGCAUACUUCAUGGGCCAUGAUGGGUCUACUUCAUUCCGGCCAAGCCGAGAGAGACCCAAGACCUCUACAUCGUGCUGCAAAGUUGCUGAUCAAUUCCCAAAUGAAAAACGGAGAUUUCUCCCAGCAAGAAAUUACUGGAGUUUUCAUGAAGAACUGCAUGUUACAUUAUGCAACCUACAGGAAUAUAUAUCCGUUAUGGGCACUUGCAGAAUACCGUAACGAAGUCAAAUUGGCAUCUUAAUAAAGAAAAUUAAAAUUAAAAUUCUCUCAGCUCAAGUUAAUCUUGCCAUCCUCAUGCAGCUAUUGUCACUACUCUUCACAAAACAAAUAAAAUGGUUACUCAUCUUGGGAGGUUGUUGUUCUAGUGAUUUUGGGUCUAAUGUAAUAUGCAAAGGGUUUAAAGGCUUAUUUUGUUUUCGUAUGUUAAUAAGAGCAAUUAAAUAGUGAUAUUUUGCCUCCAUGGCCUAUUACCCUCUUUGUCAACAUAAAUU